AUGGCAGAGGUGGAGGUGCAAAAGACGAGUCAAGAAAAAGUAGAACAAGAAGUGGUGGUGCUAACUGAUGUUCCACAAGCUGAGAAAGCAACACCAGUGCCACCAACAAUGCCAGUGGUGGUGGAGAAAGAGCCGCCAGUGCCACUGCCUGAGACUGAAGAGGAGCCAAUGAAGCCAAAGCAGGUUGAGGAGGCUGUUGUAGAAAAUGAGGUUUUGAAACCCGGUGGAGGUGAUGAUGAGAAGAUUUCUCAGUUAGUUUGUUUUAAGGAAGAGAGUACUAAAGUUGCUGAUCUUCUUGAUUCUGAGAAGAAAGCUCUUCAAGAAUUUAAGCAACUUGUUCAAGAAGCACUUAACAAGCAUGAAUUUAGUGCUUCAGCUGCACCACCAGCACCAGCUAAAGAAGAGGAGAAGAUAGAAGUUGUGGUGGCGGAAGCAGAGGAGGAGAAAAAACCAGCACAAGAAGAGGAAACACCAGCAGUGACAGAGGAGAAGGAAAAAGUAGAGAGUGAAGCUGUAGCAGAAAAAGAAGAGAAGGUUCGUGUGGUGGAAAGUGAAGUUCUUGAUGAUCAAGAAAAGGUGGCUCCUCCUCCUGCUCCUGCUCCUGCCGUUGCUAGCGAUACUAAUGCUGAUAAUGUUGUGGAUGAUGAUGGUGCCAAGACGGUGGAAGCCAUUGAAGAGACCAUUGUAGCUGUCUCUUCUUCAGUGGCUUCACAAGAGGAGACCUCAGCUCAGGCUACAAAAGAAUCUGAGGGAGAGACAAAGGUCGCCCCAGCGUUGGACGAGGAAGCUAAAGAAGUUAAAUCUGAGACUGUGGAAGUAAAACCAGAGGAAGUAUCAAUCUGGGGCAUACCACUUCUAGCUGAUGACAGAACUGAUGUGAUUCUCUUGAAAUUUCUCAGAGCCAGGGAUUUCAAGGUGAAAGAUGCAUUCACCAUGCUCAAGAACACAAUUCGCUGGAGAAAGGAGUUUGGCAUUGAUGAAUUGCUUGAACAAGAUUUGGGCUGUGAUGAUUUGGGAAAGGCGGUAUUUAUGCAUGGCCUUGAUAAAGAGGGACACCCAGUUUGCUAUAAUGUCUAUGGAGAGUUCCAAAACAAGGAGCUUUACAAGAUUUCAUUUUCUGAUGAAGAGAAGAGGCAAAGAUUCUUGAGAUGGAGAAUUCAAAUCCUGGAAAAAAGUAUCAGAAAAUUGGAUUUCAGUCCUGGUGGAAUUUCUACAAUUGUUCAGGUUAAUGACUUAAAAAGCUCUCCUGGACCUGCUAAGAGAGAGCUUAGACAAGCUACUAGCCAGGCACUUCAAUUGCUUCAAGACAACUAUCCAGAAUUUGUGGCCAAACAGAUCUUCAUCAAUGUCCCCUGGUGGUACCUAACGGUCAAUAGAAUGAUAAGUCCAUUUUUGACCCAGAGGACCCGAAGCAAGUUUGUCUUCUCUGGACCUUCAAAAUCUGCAGAAACCCUUAUCAGGUACAUCGCUGCUGAGCAGAUACCAGUAAAGUAUGGAGGACUAAGCAAAGAUGGUGAAUUUGGCACAGAUGAUGCUGUUACUGAGAUUAAUUUGAAGCCAGCAGCAAAGCAUACUGUAGAAUUCCCAGUUACUGAGACAUGUCUUCUAACUUGGGAAGUGAGAGUUGUGGGAUGGGAUGUGAGCUAUAGUGCAGAAUUUGUACCAAGUGCUGAAGAUAGCUACACAGUUAUAAUCCAAAAGGCAAGAAAGGUUGCUGCAACUGAAGAACCAGUGGUUUGCAACAGUUUUAAAAUAGGCGAAAGUGGUAAAGUUGUUCUCACCAUUGACAACUCCACCUCCAAGAAGAAGAAAAAGCUCCUCUAUCGCUUGAAAACCAAGCCUUCUUCUGACUAA